ACACAUAAGAUGGCGCCAUAAUCGACGUCAUUAUCCGCCAUCUUGUUGCUGAUUCAGAGCAUAAUCACUGAUACGAUUCAAAGCAGGAAAUUUUACAGUUAUGGCGGCGGGCCCAUACAACUACUCCUAUAUAUUCAAAUACAUUAUUAUAGGAGACAUGGGUGUAGGGAAAUCAUGUCUGUUACACCAGUUUACAGAAAAGAAAUUUAUGGCAGAUUGUCCACAUACAAUAGGUGUUGAGUUUGGUACCAGAAUAAUCGAGGUAUCGGGUCAGAAGAUUAAGCUACAGAUAUGGGACACAGCUGGCCAGGAGCGGUUCCGGGCAGUAACCCGGAGUUACUAUAGAGGGGCUGCAGGGGCUCUCAUGGUCUACGAUAUUACAAGGAGGAGUACAUAUAAUCAUCUUAGCAGCUGGUUAACGGACGCACGGAACCUCACAAACCCUAAUACAGUAAUAUUUCUGAUCGGAAACAAAUCUGAUUUAGAAGCACAGCGAGACGUAACAUAUGAAGAGGCGAAACAGUUUGCUGAUGAAAAUGGUUUGAUGUUUCUGGAGUGCAGUGCCAAAACUGGUGAUAAUGUAGAAGAUGCUUUCUUAGAUACAGCAAAGAAAAUCUACCAAAAUAUACAGGAUGGAAGUUUGGACCUCAAUGCAGCCGAGUCUGGGGUACAGCACAAACCAGCAACACCAAGGAAUGCUAUAAAUAACGACCAAGCACCCAACAAGGAGGGCUGCGCCUGUUAGUUGGAUGGACGCUGUAUGACGUAUGAUGAGAGCUGUACACACUGUACAAAUCUAAAUUACAAACUAUCCAUUCCAUGGACACAUGCAUGAAGGAGAGUGAAGAGAAGGGAGUUUACUCUUUCACACACGAGUAUUUUUGGGUCAUUUUCCAAACUUUUCAAAUCCUUCGUUGUUCACUUGCUUAUUGAAGUUUAAAUCCAGUUUGAAGAAAAGUGAAACUUGAUUGCAAGCAUUAACUUCAGAAAAAAAUCUUGUUUGAAAAUUGAGGUUAUGGUCUAGAAUAAGUCAAAAAUCAACUAAAAUAGUUAAUUAAAUUUGGUCAGACCAAACUGGAUGAAACAGUGUUUAGAAGAGAAAAAAAUUGGUUGAUUUUUUUCAACUUAAGUAUAAAAAAGGUUAAAAUUUAUGUCAAAAAGCAUUUGUGGCCCCAAAGAACAACGAGGAUAGAACUGCCUGGAGAGGCACGUGGAUGUGAAAGUGGAUGCUGCGUUAUUAGUCGGCAUAACUUGUGUAUUUGACAGUGGUGGACAUGUGAGUGAUGAGACUGAAUGAUGAGCUACAUGAUGUGUGAGAGAAACCAUUGUAUAUAUAUGUGAUAUUUUGUCCACGUGAUAUACAUGUACAUCUUAAGAGAUGAAACAUUCUUCAAAAUUUUCUCUAUUAGUUGUGAAUCAUACACACAAAUCAUUUUUGUAUGUGCAAUCAUCGAAUCACAGUGUAUUAAAACAGAUACAAAGAUGUACCCAAGCUGGUUACAGCUGUUGCACAGGGAGAGACAUUGUUUUGUAUUUACCUGGUUUUACAAACAAGGAGCACUUCGUACCAGUACCGCUGUUUAUCUUCCACUUACCUUUUAAACUUGAAAAUGGUUUUUGAAUUGUUCAAUACUUUAAACAAGUAAUACACAUACAACUGUGGAAUUCGUUUUUCGACUUUCUACACCUGGUUUUACUGAGAACAAGCAGAAAUUUCCUAUUAAGUGGAAUGUAUCUUCAGUAAAUUUGUACAGUUACUAUCUUGCAUGUGAACUCCCCAUCUGUUACCCAGCUAGUCAAUGUAAUAACGAUGAUCCUGUGAAUUUUGAUAGCACAUUGUUGAUGUUAUACACAGUCCGAGAUGGAUGUACAGUUUUAUAUACUACUCUACACUUUCACAUAAUAGUGUUAUAACAUUGUACUGUUUACUAGGCUGUUGUUGCCAACAGAUUACCAGUGUCCAUUAGGUCACUCCCUGUUGUAAGAUAGUUUUAAACUUGAUGUCCACUGUUAAGAUAAAUUUGAGCACAUAUAUAAUUUUAUGUCUGGAUCUCGUCACGACUGCCACUUUGUCAUGAUUUUCCUUUUGCAAAUAUUUGUCUGUUUUGCAAUUUGUUUAUAAAAGGCAUCUUGCGCAUGUUUGGUUAAACCAGUUUGCCAGUUUUAUGGCUGUAGACUUAAAACAUUUGCUAUCAAAUUAGCCAUCCAUGUUCAUGAUUUAGCUUGAACAUCAACAAAAACAAAUAUAGCUGAUAUUACAUGAUAGAUGUAAGAUAUGAUCCAACGUACCAUUUCAGAUGAUGUAACUUAAUAUAUAUACCUUACUACGACAUAAUUCCCAUUUAUACCCGAGUACCACACUAAGAACUCGGUAUAACAUGUUUUACUUAUUGCUAUUUGCACCUGGUUCAUUGAUUUGAUAUUUGUAAGGUACACACAAGAUGACAUGCUUUAGUAUAGCACUCAGUAAUUCUGAUAAGACGUUCAUUCUCGGAGGAAAAUUUAUUACCAUACAUUUUUCUACGAGUACUUGCCGUCUUAUGAGCUUGUAGAGUGUUGAUACUCCAUAUAAUCAUGUCAAUUAUGUUAACAAUGGGUUACAACAUUAAACACUUUAUUCCAAUGUGAUUAUUCCAGAAUUAAUCAUAUGUGAGGGGUUGAAGGCUAUUUUUCAUACACCUUCACCUAUAAACUUCCUAACCUAAAGUAUUACUGUAUAUUUGGGACUUUUCGCCCUGUCAAACUUUGGCCCUUUAUUGGUAAAAUACAUAUUCAGCGCGUGUGAUUGCGCCUUCACAUUUAAUUACUUUGUAUAUUAUGUUGGUUACUGAUGCUCGCUGUCAUUAUCAAUUUGUCCUAAUUACGAAGGAUAAACAAUGCAAAAAUUAAACUGCAGCUGAAAUUUCUUGUAGAUGACGGGUUAGAUCACACAACUAUUAAUACAUUUUUGAUAUUGGUAAAUUGAAAUGGCCCCACCCCUUUUCAUGAUUACUUGAGGAAUAAAUCUUACUCGUAUAUAUAUUGUACAACUUGUGAACAACUCCCCUGUGGUGACCAUGGAAGCUUCCAAUGACAUUGAAGAAACCUAUUAGCACAACAUCAGUCUGAUUAGCUACCAUUUUCUUGAGUUUAAUAGGGUAUACUAGCUUGAAAUUGAUGUGGCCUGCAGUAUGAUGUAAUCAAUGAAACAGCCCCAUACCUAACAAAAAGGUAUGUGUUAUAUAAAUCUUACCUGGUAAAAGAUACAACAUGGACAGCAACUAAGAUAUUUCACAGAGAUUAUGUAUACACGAUAAAAUCUAUGUAUAUAAACUUAACUAUGUAUUUACAUGUGGUAUGAGUGUGAUGCUUUGUUUGUGAUUUAGCCUCAGUGUAAAUAGUCUUAAUAACAGAUCACGUGUUUUUUUACUAAACAGGUGUUUGAUAUCAUCGUUCUGUGUAUACAUAACACUCUCUCAACUGACCGUUAACGUAUCACCAUUGUGUGGUUGGUCCUACUGUUUAGCAGUGAUAGUCUUUUCAGAGUUCUUUGUUGGUGAAGUAAUAUUUUUUUAAUUUUCAAUUGACACUUUUCACAUCUAUGGAGAAGAUUUCUGAAAUUGUCAUUUCCUUGACAUAGAAUAAGUUACUUUAAAAUAUUAAUAGUAUAUUCAGCUGUAAUUAUUCCACACAGUUUUAUGCUCAUGGCUCUUUCAUUUGGCUUUGUGUUUAUGUAUCAGAUGACGUAGGAUUUGUUUUAGUUUAAUGUAGAUAUAUAGGGUUAUUUAUUACUACUGUGAUAGGAUUUGGUUUGGUAAGAUAGAGAUUGUGUUUGGCAUCAAAAUUCCUUUUCCUUUCUGUUGAAAUAAAAUAAUCUUGAUUAAAAUGAUAAUGUUGGGCAUAUAGUUUCAAAUUUUAUUUCAUUUACAUUCAAGAAAACAAGGAAAAGUUUUGUUCAGAGAUACUGUACAAACAGGAUGCUAUCAAACCAAAACAUGAUUGCAUGAAUUGAAAAAAUUUCAGUCAGUCGAAAUCAAAUUAUGUAGAGCUUGUUAAAUAUACUUUGAACAUAAGUUUCAUGUUAUACAGUAAGGUGCAUGAAAACUUUUUGUAAACAAUUAUCUAGUUGCAAUACCAUAGCCCAAUGUUCAUUUGCUCAAAUAGCAGAAGGAAAAAGCUUUCUCGAUCAUAUACAGAUUCAGCUACUGAUUAACAAGCCACAAAGCUGUAGCGUUGAUAACUUCUACCUGUUCUGUAACAGUUUUUGAUUUCUAUAGAGUGCUAGUGUUUUACCAAUACAGGUACAUACAAAACAUAUGUGAUGUCUUAAAGAAGGACCUCUGACACAAAAUUCAAAAAUCAAAUAUAUUGGUGGAUUUAGAGUGCAUGGUACAAACAGUGUUAUAAGGAUUGGUCGUCCAGAUUAUUGAAGAAAAUUACGUGCAGCCACACAAAACAGAAUAUUUGGUACAUUGAUACAUACUUCUCUUUUUGAAAGGUGUUAUGAUCUGUUGUAAAAAUGAAAGUAGAAAAAGGAAUUCACCAACUGGUUUUUAAAGAUUAUUUGACAAAAAAUAUUAAGAACAAUGGAUGAAUCGGAAAUUUGGCACAUUCUGAUUUGUUUUUCCCUUCAUUUUUAAAUUUGUUUAUGGAAGCUAUAAAUAACAUAUUGGAAAGUCUAUAUAUAUAUAUGUAUACAUUGUUGUGUUUAUGAGAAAAUGUCUUGUUUUUGUGUGCAGGUACUUGUGCAAAUUAUAUAUUACCCUUUAUAUAUAUAUAUCUAUGUAAUGCUUUAUUUAUAUGAUUCUAUAAAUUAUGUUCCAUGCUAUCAAUGAUAAAAAAAAAAGAAAUCACCUUUGGUUGAUUUCUUUAAUUUAUUAUUUUUUGUAGUGUACUGCCUUGUAAUUGUUGAAAGAUCACUUUAUGUAAGUCAUUUGUCUUAUUGAAGGUAAUCAAUGUAUUCUAAAUAUAUCAACGCUUUCCUCACAUUUGAACUCAGAAGAAAAUCAUGAACUUUAGCAGUUGUUAAAAUGCUGUGCUUAAAACAAAGUCUUGUUAUGUAAUAAACCUAUAACUCGAUAAACGAGGUACAUAUGUAUAUAAAUUUCCAAUCCCUUAUCCAGCAAUGUUACCAAGCGAUUUACCAAGAUAUCACUUGUUUUAGUAAUUGUGUAUCAAUGGACAUACAGACAAUAGUGUAAGUGUUUUACUGCCUGAUAGCAUGGAAAUGAUGAUGAUGGAUAGUUUUGAAGUCUUGGAGGUUGUCGCUGUGGUAGAUUUGAUACAGUAUAAAUUGAUGUCCUUUGUGGUGGUUAUUCCCAGUUAGUGUCAAGUUUUCUUUUAUUAUUGAUGAUGAGCUUCAGUCAUCUUAUAGCCGAUAUAAACCAAUAGCAAUUCAAAGCAUAAUAUCAGUCAGAAAGGGUCAAAAGUAAUUGUCAUAAAUCUAAUUCUAACUUUAAACUCCAGGUUGUCUCCCCUUACAUAAACAACAUCAAUAGUUGAGGUGUAUUCCAUUUUGGUUGAAUUCAUACUAAGUCAAAAUCUGUAACCCUUUACAGUGUGGCUGUGUCAGAUACUUACCUAGAGUUUUCAGUAUUCUUUUGCAGGGAAGGAGCUUUUAAACAUUUGGCAUUUUGGUAUGGUUUCAUCAGAAGUAAAAUCUACUGUAUUUUGUUGGUGUAUGAUAUAAUACUUGAUAUAAUGCCUAGUAUGAAUGAGAGACAUUCGAGUAGUUUGAUUGGUAUUGUAUUGUGUGUAUGUGCCCACGUAUUCCUGACGUGUAGACAAUAACAAUUUUAUAUUGCACAUCUUAUUCACUUUCUCUGAUGUAACCGACAUGUCAUACUAUACGUCUGUCAAAUUAAGGUGUUUCAUUAAGAUACAACAACGUAACUUGUAAUGUGAUUAGUUGAAUCAGUUGGGGGAAAAAUUGUGAAAAUAUAUCUAGAUUUGAUGAUUGAAAUAUAGUAUUUUAUGUUUAUUUGAAAUAAGCAUAUCAAGACUAAAAAUUAUUGUAUGUAAUUAGAUUAACAGCCCCUUUUAUCAUCAAUGUCUUUGGCUAUCAUUCCAGGAAGUGAUAUCCUUUUGAUAAAGACUUUGAAUACAGCUGAGUCUCAGUUAUCCAACCACGUUUUUUUCUGGCAAAUUACAACUGGAUUAAUAGGAAAGUUUCGGUGUAAAAAAAGAAAGGGUGAACUUAGAGCAAUUGUUGAAUAGUGGAACAACCAGAUAAUGAGGCUUGUCUUAAAGUGUGUGUUAUUGUCAAAGGAAAUAAGACCAAACUAGACAACCAGAAAAUAACUGGGGGGGGGGGGGGUUGAUUU